AUGGAUCUGUCUCUCCAAUUAAGCUAGAUGAAAUUAAUUAAAGGAAAUGACUUUCGUAAGAAUUUGGUGGACAAUGGACAUUUAGGGUAAGGUAAUAGCAGAGUGUAUAGUGUCAUAGUAAACGGGAAGAAGUAUGCUCUUAAGUAAGUCAUAAUCAACUAGUGUAAUAUUGAAAACGAAAUCAAAAUCAUGUAGUAAUUGUCUCCUUCAGAAUAUGUGAUUAAUUUGAUUGAUUUCAUGAUACUAGAAACUGUCUCAGCAGACAAAUAUGCCUAAAGCCAAUAAUUUGCAUAUUUACUAAUGGAAAAAGGUUAGCAGAAUUUGGAUUCCUAUAUCAAAAUCAGAAAGCAUUUCAUAGACACAGAGGAAUUGCAUAAAAUUUUAGAAUAACUUAUAAACAUUUUUGAACAUUUGUAACAAAAGAAUAUUGCUCAUAGAGAUAUAAAAUUAGAAAACCUAUUGAUAAUGGAGCCAUUUCAAAUAAAAGCUUGUGAUGUUGGAUGUAGUACAUAGAUUGAAACAAUAUAGACUAUAAGUGUUGUGGGUACUAAAUCAUAUUUGGCUCCAGAAUUAUUGAAUGCAGAAACAUCUAAACUUAAGCAUAAUCCAUUCAAAAGUGACGUUUAUUCACUAGGCUUAUGCUUCCUAUAUCUGGUGACACUUUAAUAAUGGCAUUCCAGAUAGAAAAUUAAUUCUCAAAUUGAAGAAGAAAUAAUUACAGAUUAUAUGAGACAUGUUCAACGUAUAACUGAAUCAGACUAAAUCAUUCUAACUAUUCUAAAGAAAAUGUUGCAAAUUAAUCCAAAUGAACGUCCUGAUUUCAUUGAAUUAAAAGCCAUUUUAUAAUAAUUGAAAGAAAAUCAAUCCUAUUAAUAAUAAGUAUUAUCCAAAGGGACAACAAUUGAAUCAUUCGAAUCACCUAAAAAGGCCAUUUCAUAAUUUGAUUACCUUUCUCCAGAUGUCAUAUCAAGUAGAGGUCGUAACACAGGAUCAAACUAUUAUUAACAGGAAAGAUAGAAAUCAGCCAAAUAAAUCUAGCUAAACCUUAGCAAUCAGAAAAAAUAGAAAUCAUCAACAAAUCUGUUAGUUGACACCAAUAAAAAAAGACAAGCAUCAAGAUCUCCAAACAGAUCCUCCCCAUCACAUUUCUAAACAAAGGAAACAUAAUUUAGCAGCAAACCGCCAUCUGGCAAUCCAUUGAAGCUCCCUUAGUCAACCAAGGCUAGAUAAAUUAAAACUCCAUCAUCUCCUAGCCAUAGUUCAUAAAACUUAUAAUAGAGAUAAUAAUGGCAAUAAUCAAAGUUUUAUCAUUCAGUUGUAGAAUCUAAAAGAAUGCACCCUGAAAGCUUUUCUUAGACUAUGCCUUCGAUCUAAAUGUUGGGUCCUGAUGAUUUUAAACCUACAGAUGACUUACUCAAUUGUAGUUACAGUGAAGUUGCCGUACUUUAUUAAAAUCAAAGUUACAUCAGUUUAUACUAAAACAAUCAAAAUCACCACUAAACUAAAUGUUAACUGCCUAACAAAUGCAAAACACUUAUAUUAAAAUUAAAUAAUCAAACUCCUGAACUAGUGUUAUCCCUUCAGAAUGAUAUUCAAAUUCUUACUCUGGAACUAAUUGAGGAUUCUAAUCAUAAUACUAACUAUAAGUGGUCUGAUAAUUUAAGUAAUAUGUAAUUCCCUUGCAUAACACAGUUAGAUAUCAUUGUCUAUAAUAAAAGUUCUUAAGUUAAUAAUAUCAUCUAAUUCUUAACAAAAGUGUAGCAUAUACCUAAGGUCAGCAUGACAAUAGGAACAGAGAUGCCUGAAUAGGAUCAUAGAACUAUUAUGUGGAAAUUAAGUAAAUAUAACUGCACAGCUUUCGAAUUUAAAAUUCCAAGAAUUAAAUUAAAUUAUACCCAGACAUAAUAGCUUUGGUAAUUUAAUUAAUCAUCUUUAGAAGAACUAAGUUUGGAUUAUGAAGAUUGUGGAUUAUAAUAAGCUUUUUCAUUAUUAGUAGCAUCUUUGAGAACUUUAGAUCUAAAAAAGUUUUAAUUUAAUUUAACCAAAUUACAAUCUAAAAAUUCUGAAGUCAGUCUAUUCUUAGAAUAUUUGGGUUCAAAACAAAGCUUAAAAGAUCUUGUUUUGAUUUUGGAUUAUAUGACCAAUUAUGAUAAGUUGGUUUAGGAGAAGCUGAAAAACAACAUUGGAAAAUUAAAAAACUUGGAAAGACUGACAUUAUCCUUAAUUGGGAAUACUAUCAACUAUGAUUUCUUCGAGAGACUGUUCACUCAGUUUGAAUAACUCACUUUUCUCAAAUACAUUGUCUUAAGCUUUGAUCGAAUUUUUGAAAAAGAAAAGAUAAAACAACUUCAAAAGAAAUUUCAAUUCUUGUCAUAAUUCACCAUCUAAUUCUAUGGAACUAACACUACAUUAACCAUAAUUAUGCAUAAUAAUGGAUUAUAAAAGCUGUAAGAUUAUGGUAUCACUAAAUGCAAUUAAGGCAAGUAAAUUAAAUUAAGCAAAAUGUAUUACUGUAUCAAAUGUUCUAAAACUCAUUCUUUCUUCCUUAAUCAUUUAUUUUAAAUUUGCAGUACAUGCGUUACAUAAUGUCAUUCUAAAUGUGAAAAUGCUAUUAAUUCUUAUGAGACCGUGACUCAUGGAUCUGACUCUAUGGUGCAGAGUUAGAUUCUUCUAAAUGAAAUUAGAAAAAAUCAUACAUUUAUUGAAUCUUUCAAUUCAAAUGAUCAUAGAUGUUAUUGUCAUCUAUUAGGAACAUGCAAUCAAUCAAUUCCAAACAGAGAUCGAAAUAAAAAUCAAAUUCAAUUCAAUUGCAAGACUUGCAAGAAAUCCUUAUGCCGAUUAUGCUCCUAUGACUGCCAUCAAUAACAUUAAACUAAGGAGUUAUAUAUUAACAAGUUUGUAUGUCAAUGUGAAUGUGAUAAACAUGUCUGA